UAUUGAACUCAUUUUAGCAUGACAUGUGGAUUGGAACAAAUAUAUACUAGUAAUCGUAAUCUGUGUAGUAAUCUGUGAUUGGAACAUUUCUGCAUAACUACGUCCAAAUGGUUCAUGUGAUGUUGUUAUUAUUUUACAAGUCUAAAAAAGAACCGUAUUUAUGCACUUAAAUAAAUUCAAUGUUUCUUUAAAUUUGAAAAGAUUUAAGAACUAAGGCAAAAAUGCCCGAAGAAAAAUCAUGUAGUAGAGUUUUUGCCGGUGCAAGAGUUUUAGGUUAUGUUAGUACACAUGUGCCAUUUGUGUCGCGUUAUAUCAAAAGGAGAGGCGAAACCUUGCUAUGUACAAGCGUGGGGAAGUGGUUUCAUACGUACGGAUGCGACAAAUUCCGUUUGCUCAGCGUCAGCGGCGAGCAUCCCGGUCCGAUCACUUGCAUGAGCGGCGACAACUUCCACGUCUAUACGGCCAGCGAAAACAACAUCUACGCUUGGAGAAGAGGCAGUGAGUUGAAGCACGUAUACAAAGGUCACGAAGCUCCAGUCCAUAAAAUCCUCCCGUUCGCAGUUCACUUAAUUUCGAUAGACGAAAACAAUGUGUUGAAAGUGUUCGAUAUAAAGGAGGAAACUGAAUUUCUGGAGUUAAAUUUCGAUGCGAAGAGCUUCCAGAUUACUACGAUAUGUCAUCCACCCACUUACCUGAAUAAAAUAUUGCUUGGAAGCAAUCAGGGUGAACUACAACUAUGGAACAUUCGGACAUCAAAGCUAGUGUACACAUUCAAAGGUUGGGGAUCAAACGUGGUCGUCACGGAGCCUGCCCCGGCGGUAGACGUCGUUGCCAUCGCUCUACAAAAUGGAAAGAUAAUUUUACACAACCUCCGAUAUGAUACCAUAGUUAUGGAAUUUGUACAUGACUGGGGAAAAGUGAGUUCCUUGUCAUUUAGGAUGGACGGUGUACCCAUAAUGGUCACAGGAAGCAACAAAGGACAUUUAGUUAUGUGGGAUUUAGAAGAGAAAAGAGUGAUGUCUCAAAUCCAGUCUGCUCAUUUUGGGAAAAUAGCGGGAUUACAAUGUUUAAUGUCUGAGCCUCUAAUGGUAACUAAUUCAGAGGACAACUCACUUAAGAUGUGGAUUUUUGAUAUGCCUGAUGGAGGUGCCAGGCUUUUGAAAAAGAGGCAAGGUCAUGCUCUGCCACCACAUUUAAUAAGAUACUGUGAGCCGACCGGGGAGAACAUUCUGGCUGCUGGUAAUGACAGCAGCUUGCACAUCAUGAACACAGUCACGGAGACAUUCAACAAAAGUAUGGGCAAAGCUUCCCAUAAUAGAGAGGCUUCCAAGAAGAAAAAGAGACUGCAGUAUGACAAGCAUAUAUUACCUCCAAUAUCAAAUCUUAGCUCCUGCAUGCAGAGAGAUAAACAGUGGGAUAGCAUAGCAUCACUGCACCGAGGGAUGUAUGUGGCUACCACAUGGUCUUACAAUAGAAUAGCAAUGGGCAAACACAAGUUGAAACCACCAGAGAUGGAUAAGGGAGUGUCAGCAACAUGCCUCACUGUCACCCACUGUGGAAACUUUGUUGUUAUUGGUUAUAGUAAUGGCCAAGUUCACAAGUUUAAUAUGCAGUCUGGUAUAUACAGAGGGCAUUAUGGAAAGGAGAAGAAACUUGCACACAAGGGAGCUAUCAGGGGUGUGGAGACUGACUUGUGCAAUCAAAGAGUAAUCACUGUUGGGGCUGAUGAUAAAUUAAAGUUCUGGUACUUCAAAACAGCUACACAUCCAUACCAUGUAUUGAGGUUGGAAGAGUCAGUAAGCAGUACAAAAUGCCACAGAGACAGUGGCCUCCUAGCCUUAGCCAAUGAAGACUUCUCAAUAACCCUUGUUGAUAUAGACACAAUGAAUAUUGUGAGGAAAUUUGAAGGCCACGUAGGGAAAAUAAAUGACAUAGAUUUUGAUUAUCAAAGCAGAUGGCUUGUCACCUCUUCAAUGGACUGCACAAUUUGUACAUGGGACAUACCAAGUGCACAGCUGGUGGACAUAUUUUCUGUGGAGCAACCCUGUACUUCUUUAAGUAUGUCUCCAACCGGAGAUUACUUGGCAACCACACAUGUUGGGGAGCUUGGUGUGUUCCUAUGGGCUAACAGACUGCUUUACGAAAAAAUAUACCUUAAACCCAUAGACAGAAAUGCUGUUAAUAUACCACAGUUGAAAUUACCAACAACGGCAGCAGAGAAGCCUGAUAUAGAAGACAUUGGCAUAAUAGAUCUAGGCGAGGAGCCAGAAUACAAGUCACCGGAACAGAUCAGCGAAGAACUCAUCACAUUGUCUGGACAGUCCACAUCCAGAUGGCUCAAUCUCCUCAACCUAGACAUUAUAAAGAAGAGAAACAAGCCCAAAACACCUCUCACUGUGCCAAAAUCAGCACCAUUCUUUUUACCAACCAUCCCAAGCUUAGAACUAGAGUUUGAUUUAGAAAAGGAGAAACAAGGAUCAGAAAAGCUCUUGAUACCGAGUUCCUUAUCUACCUUGACACCAUUCUGUAAACGAUUAGACAGCUGUGCAAGUGAUGAUGAUUAUAUGAAGUGUGUAGACAAGUUAAAGACUUUGUCGCCUUCGGGUAUAGAAGCAGAGAUGACGAGUAUGGGCUUAGACGCAGGCGGAUCUAUAAGUGUUAUGAAACAGUUUAUUAAGUUACUAGAAGUUAUGUUAAGGAGUAAUAAAGAUUUUGAACUAGUGCAGUCGUAUUUGGGACUGUUCCUAAAGUUGCAUACGAAAGAAAUAGCUCAGAGCGAAGAAUUGAAAGAGGAAUUGGACAGUGUCGAGAAAAUUGUCAACAACUCCUGGACUAGGUUACAGAACCAACUCAUGUACAAUAUAUGUGUUGUUAAAGCAUUAAAAGAUAUGUGAGACUCGCUUUGUUUUAAA